CGCUGGGCUUUUGUGGUGGUUGAUAUCGACCCGUGUGGAGGGUCGUAGCUGUCGGGUUGAUCGUAUGGCGCAAGCCUGGACGGGGUUGGAGGGUGGAGGUGGCGAUUGCGGAGAGGAGAGAGGGAUGAAGGGAGCGGGUCGGUUUCUCAGCGAGGGUGAGACGAGAGGAGCUACCGGCAGUAGUACCCCGGCCAGUACCCCGCGCGGCGGGUGCAGCUGCAUCCGAAAAGCCGUGUGUGUGAGAGUGCGUGAGAGUGGCGAUAGUUGGCGUGUGUGUUCUUCUACUUGGUCAAACGAUUCACGAGGGUGGAGUACGUAAGGUGUCUCUCUGUGACGAGGCGUCCUCGUCGUCGUCGUCGUCGUCGUCCUCGUGUCAGCCAGCAUCCGAGGGAACUGGUGAGGACAAACCAGCUCGGACAGUCCGUCUCCCCUGUUUUGGGUGCUGACGAUCGUCCGAUGUCCCAGCAACGUGUUGUUCCAGGCGACGCCGACCACAGGAACAGCAGGAAUGUGAUUUAAAGAGUACGAUAGAGUGAGUGUGUGUGUGUUUGUGUGCACGAGGGAGAGAAAGAGAGCGAGAGAGAAAGAGAGAGAGAGAGAGAGAAAGAUCGAGUAACAGCGCCAUGUUACGAAGAAGAUACACCUCGAACGAGCAUUCCUACCUGAGCGCGGGCAGGCCGUCGAACCUGCUGCGGACCAGCUUCAGCAGCGCCAAGCUAGAGACGCUCUAUCGUGCUUCGUCCCUUCAGCAAAGGCGGGGUGGUCUCGAGUGUUUCCUGUUAUCGGCACUCCUUUAUGGCGCACAAACGAUAGUAGUGCCAGGUCUGGAGCUACUGGUCCGAGGGCUUACAGCCGUCUUCCUGGGACUGAAUCUUGGUCUAUUGGCCUGGGCCAAGUGCAACCCCAAAGCAAAGGAUGCGCUCUGGUCGGUGGUCCCUCACGUGGCCUGGCUACUCUCCACCGCACAGCUACUCGCUCAGCUGUUCCUCAAGUCCAGCGAGGUCACGCCUAGAAACGGAUUAGACUGGCUGUUGCUCUUGCUCUACCUGCUGUUCGCCACUCUGCCCCUCAGGCUCUCCCUCUGUGCCUUGCUCGCGUUCGGCACCACGCUAACUUACAUCGUCUCCGUGGUCGGACUGUCCAAGGCACCCGCCCAGAUACCCAUCGAUGUUUUGGUGCUGACGUUAACGUUGUCGGUGGGCGCGAUGUUGUUGGGUGCUUCCAGUUACUCCUUGACAGAGUUCCAGCAACGUCGAGCCUUUCUGGAGACUAAACAGAGCCUGGAGGUUCAAUUAGUGAUCGAAGAGCAAAGUGCCGAACAAGAGAGGCUGCUUCUGAGCGUGUUGCCGGAACACGUGGCUGUAAAAAUGCGACAGGACCUCGGCGCCUCGUUGGACACGCAGUUCAAGAAGAUCUACAUGUCCAGGCACGAGAACGUAUCGAUCUUGUACGCGGAUAUCGUCGGUUUCACGGCCAUCUCCUCCACCUACAGCGCCAGCGAACUCGUGAAAAUCCUGAACGAGUUGUUCGCGAGAUUCGAUCAACUCAGCGAGAGGUACGAGCAGCUACGAAUUAAAAUCCUCGGCGACUGUUACUACUGCAUCAGUGGAGCACCGGUCGAAAGGUCAGACCACGCUGUCCUCUGCGUUCACAUGGGCCUGUCGAUGGUGGACGCCAUCAAGUACGUGCAACAGACGACCAACAGCCCUGUGGACAUGAGGGUGGGCAUACACACCGGUGCAGUUCUGGCCGGUGUUCUCGGUCAGAGGCAAUGGCAAUUCGAUGUUUACAGCAAGGACGUCGAGCUGGCGAACAAGAUGGAGAGCAGCGGAAGAGCGGGGAGGGUGCACAUCUCGAACGUGACACUGAGCUUCUUGAACGGGGAAUUCGAGGUCGAGCCAGCCCACGGCGAGGACAGAGAAGAGGCACUCAAAAAGGCGGGUAUCGUCACUUACUUCAUAGUGCGGGCGUUGAAACCCUUCAAGCCAGCCGUGACGAAGAGUCUUGCCUCACUGACGGACGCGGAAAAUUCGCGAAGUUCGAUGGAAAAUACCAGAGACGGGAGGUACAACAAGGACACGGAAGAGUUCUGGCAAAGGCUUAGGAAGGAGCUCGACAGCAAAGGUGGAGUGGUGGAUCUGAAAGGACACGCGCAUUGGUUCUCCUUACGUUUCAAAGACAAGAAGGUAGAAUCAGCGUUUCACAAUGCCGAAGAAGCCUUCUCCCCGUUGUCGUUACUCGGAGGACCGCUGGUGAUGGUUUGUUCAUCGCCGGUAUGGAGGUUUCAACCCUGGGGACCAUUUACCUGGGGUGGAAUAGUGGUGGUCACUUUGUUUGCUAUCGUUUUGGGCGGUGCCACUUGUUUGGGCAGCGCCGUUAAAGCUAUGUGGCUGAGGAGAACCCUUGCUUUGUUGAUGAUCUUCUCCCUCGGGGAUUUUCUGCUUCUCGACAUGUUCAACUGUGUGGUGAUCGAGGAAGCGAUUCCUCGCUUCAACGGCACUACACCCUUGUCAGCAAGGUGUCCAUAUCCCUCGUACUACUCAUACAUGGGCGUGCUAACGCUGGUGGCGAUCUCUAUGCCGAAUUACAUCUACUACCUGGGCAAAACGUAUUUGAUGUUCGGAAUCGCAGGUAUCCAGUGUGCCGUCAACAUCUAUCUACUUGGAGGGAGGCUCGAUUGGGAAGAUUAUGCCUCGUCUCCAUUAGACCCACCAAUUUUUCCUUCAAAGUAUUACCUGUCCAUCACUCUUUUCGUUGUGGCCAUCUGUUUGGUCAUCGUUUCCAGAUACACGGAGAAAUCGAGGAGGAUGCUUUAUCUACGGGGCAGAGAGGUGGUCGCGCAGAGAGAGAGGGCGGCUGACAUGAAGCGUCGAAACGGUGCCCUUAUAUACAAUAUCCUGCCGCCCCACGUGGCAGCUUACUACCUGUUCAGCGCCAGACACCACGGCGACCUAUACAGUCAAAGUUACUCGGAGGUGGGCGUACUAUUCGCCAGCAUGCCAAACUUUGCCGACUUCUACAGCGAGGAGAGCAUAAACAACCAGGGUCUCGAGUGUCUUAGGUUCCUCAACGAAGUCAUAUCAGAUUUCGACGCGAUCCUCGAUCAGUGUAAAUUCCGAGACAUCAUCAAAAUCAAGACAAUAGGUUCUACGUAUAUGGCGGCAUCAGGGAUCACGGAAUCGGUGGAAUCUGAGAACGCGCCACGAUGGUGUCAUCUGGCGACCCUCGUCGAAUUUGCCUUGGAACUGAAGAAAGCAUUGUCCAGCAUCAACGAGCAGAGUUUCAAUCACUUUGUCUUGAAAAUGGGUAUCAAUUAUGGCCCGGUAAUUGCUGGGGUUAUUGGGGCGAGGAAACCUCAUUACGACAUCUGGGGCAACACGGUGAACGUGGCGUCCAGGAUGGAGAGCACUGGAAAAGUGGGUUGUAUCCAGGUGACGGACGAGACCCGGAAAAUCCUGGAGCCCUUCGGUUUCGGUUUCGAGCAACGUGGCAUGGUAUUCGUGAAAGGCAAAGGUCAACUACUCACUCACUAUCUGGUAUCCAAGGAUGGCGUGUCCUUGAACUUGGACAGCGAUCUACCAGUCGAACCUACUCAUCCCAUCAUCUACCAGUAGGCUAAUACUCGAAGGCUCUAAAAACUUCAACGCAAACUCUAGCUCGUUCGCGAUGGGAACCUCGUCGAGAGGCAAGGUUUCCCUCUCUCUCUCUCUCUUUUUGAGAACCCUCGAAGGGUUGUUCAAGACUAUGACGAAGAAAGAGACGAUCGUGCAAAGGGGGAAAAAAAACGAACUGAAUCUCGAGGCUCGAAGCAACUUCUUCGAAGAAAAGAUCCUUUGGAUGAGUCGAAAGACCGAAGGAACGCGAAUCGUUGGUUUAGAAACAGGUCCGGGCAAUUCUGAUCAUUUGACAAUCGAUUAAAUCGUUGAUCUAAAUUGAUAGAUUUUUCAAUGUCAUCUUUAGAAAUUUUCAACUUGAUGGAAUUUUAACACGUUGACCACCGCGAUUAUUAAAUAAAGAUAAAGGUACUGAACUUUCUCAAAUAUCAAAUUUCAAUUCUUCAGUUCGCUAAUAUAUUUCUCUUUUAAUUAUUUUGCGGUAUUUGACGUGUUAAUUGAUUCAGAAACAAUUUAGGUAACUAACCGUGAAGCAGCCACUUGAAGAAAAAUUCUUACCGCUGUUACAACCGUAAUCAGUCAUUAACGUUGAUCGCGUUUAGGACGAGGAACGUGUUACUAAUGAUGACGAACAGGGUACAAAUCGAAAACUAAGUAGGAUUAGGACGAUUACGUUUGAGAAUGGAAAGUGAACGAUCGAACUAGUCGUGUUCUUUAAGCUGUGAACUGUCUUGCGAAGAAUAGUUGAAAGUUAGGCCUUUAACAGAGUCCUAUUUUACGUAGAACAGUGGAACAAGUAGGCUGAUCUAUAGGUAGGGAAGGAAAUGAAACGUUCGAACGAAUCGAUAUAUUUCUCAUUAAUUUGAAGGUACGAAGCGAAUGCAUAUCCGAAGGGGAAGGUUAAUUGAAAUCGGUGAUUAGUGUCAGCUCGAGAGAAACAUGUUUAUCUCGGAUAUCGAUCAUUCUCGUUACUUUAGAGUCGAUAUGUAACUUAAGAAAGUGUUUAGGUCAUAAUCGUUGUGGUAGAUUACGUACGGUUCUCGGUAAUCGUGGCUCUAUUUUUCUAGAUUACGCGACGAACACGUUCGAUAAAUAAACGAAUUAUGGGGUGUCGACGGUCAAUUAGUGGUAGGUCUUUUUCCUAACGUGGCUCGCGAAAAAUCGUCGCUUUUCUCUUGAUAUAUACGCGGUUCCCAUAAAGUAGAAUAAAUAAUAAUAACAUCAACGUAUUUAUUAUUUUUCGAAGCUUUAUGGAUACUCCGUAUAUUAAUCAUAGAAGCCGUCAAAUGUGUGCUUUCUUACGAUCUCAAUCGAUUCGUUGUAAUACAGUGUCAGAAGAAAAAUCUCUAAGAAAUUGUACGUACAAUAAAUACAGGAAAAAAGAACGCAAUUCCCCGCGUCUUUAAUGGCCAAGUUGGUAAAGUUGUUUGAAAUUACGUAUUAUAACUUUCCAGGAUCGAAUCCUGUUGGGGUGAAAAAAAUAUCAAUUCGUUCAUUUUUUCUGAAAAUUUCCUGGUACAAUUGUCGUAGCAAUCGAAUUUUCUCUAUACAAUUGUUCUGUAAUUGGUCGAAUCGUACGAUUUUCACGGUGCAAUUGUUAAUAAUAAUAAAAUAGUCGAAUGUCAUGGAGGAUGGGUUCGUUCGGUGGUUUGUAAUUAGUGUGUUCUAUUGAACUUUGGUGAAAGGUGCAAUUUAAUUGUACACCGAGUUGUUGUGUAGUUCGGUAUGUGUAUCGUAUAGAGGUACUAUUUAUCGAUCGUUCGCGAUAUCUCGAGAAAACGACACGCGAUAUUUAAAAUACUUUCGCGGUAACGAGCAUGAAAGUAUAGAAACUAUGUUACGUUAUUUGUAAAACUUCUCUCGUAGAAGCUCCGAACAAACUAUGUUGCCAUCGCAGCUUUGUUUCGUGGAAUUGUAAAUGGAAAGUAUUUGGGUAAACUGUGGAAAAAAGAAACAUCGACUUUGAGAAAUACCUUCAACGAAAAUGUGUACGUACUUCGAGAAGAGAGAAGAAAAACACAUGAGAAUUGUGUUCUCGAAGGAUGCUGUUAAAAAUAUAAGCGCUGUUUCAACCGAUUUACCGAUAAGCUUCAAUGUUGUCUACUUUCCUUAAGCUUUACGUAUGAACAAACUAUUUAGCAACUCUUUAUCGUAAAAAAAAUUGUCGAAAUUGCGGAGAAUUGUACUCUGCUGUUAAAAAUGUUGAAGAAGCAUUGAACUUGGAAAGGUGCUUGCAUGUUUAACAGCACGAGAAUGUUGUGAAUCAAAAAACAAGUUCGAGGUCCGUUAUUUUGGACACGUGGUAACGAAAGUGUCUAUAAUUUUGAUUAAACUAUAGUUCUCUAGAAUGGAAAAACAGAGCAAGGUUUUCUAGAAAUUCUAGAUCAGAUCUUUCAUUCUCAGUAUAGAGGUUUCAUAAAUGCAUUGAUCACUGUUAAACGAUGUCUGAGAUCAAAAUAAGGUAAUUUGUAAAAAGAGAAUGAAUUAAUUUUUUAAUUAUUGAAAUUGGAAAUCUUUGUGUAAUAGAAGAUCAGCUUUUCGUUAUUUCAAAUUAGUCUUAUUUUGCGCUCAAGAUUCGUUUACUGAAUAUUAUUCACGAAAUAACCGUGAAACAUCUCGUAUCGGGUCAUUAAUAGUAUACUCGAUAUGAUAAUUUAUUUUUCUACACUUUGAGUACAAACUCGAGUACGUACAACGCACACGAUUACGACGAGAAGAAACGAAGGUGCGAUUUAAUCCUUUCGUCUGAUUCUCUUGGAACACGAAACUGUUGGAACUAGUCCAAUCAAGUGUCUUCAAAGUCCUAGAAAAAUCGUACUCUGUUUUCUAACGAAACUAAAUACAAAUUCUUCGAACGAAAUUUAGAUUUAAAAGAACAAAAGAUUAGCCAAUUCUUACAAUUUCUUUCUUUUUCUUUUUUCUUUGUAGAACAAGGGUGUACAUUUUCACAAUCCACGCGUGUGUGCGUUGGUGCAGCACGAAAGGAUUAAAGAAACGAAUGAAAGCACAAAAAUAUGAAGAAGAAAAAAGGAUAGUGUGAUUAUAGAAACGAGAAAGCACGGCCUAAGCGCGAUAAAGUGGAUAAAUUGGGUGUAGAAAAGAAUGAAGUAUCAAAGCAAACUCUUUCGAAGGAAAAUCCAGAUCAAUUUUACACGAAUCCAAUUAUCUUUAAAAAAUAUAUAUAUAUAUAUAUAUGUAGAAUACAAAUUAGUUCUCGAACGAUGGGUUGUUAAGACACCUGCAAUUAAAAUUUCAUUUUAAACCCCUCAAUUGAUUCGUAAUUUGAUUUCCUUCAUCAGAGUUUCAGAAUCGCACAAAGAAGGAAAGUAGGACAAGCAUUCGAUACUGGACCUCAAACCUUUUUCCACUGAUCGCGUAUUUCCGGUUUCAUAUUCACGCUUGACACAAUUGAUACAUAAACGUACACUCUCCACACGUGUAUACACAAAUUUACAGAAAAAAAAAGAAGGAGAAUAGAAGAGAUGAAGGAUGAGAAGAAAAAGUAACGAUGACGGACAGAGAUCUUGUAAAGUAGCAAUACAGGGAAUUCUCGUGUACAUAUAUUGCAUAUAAUAAUAAUAAAAAAAAGCAAAAAGAAUUAAAAUAUUAAAAAAAAAUAUUAAAAAAAAUAGGAGAAAGAAAUUAAUGGGUCGAACGAAAUAGAAGGACGACCCCUGUUUUCUUUUCUUUUAUCGACGUCAAACGACCCGGCCGAAUGCGUGUAUAGUCGUGUAAGAUGAAUUAUAUCACUGUAGAUAUAUUAGCACCUUUAGAUGUGAGACUUCGAUGAGGGAACACUUGUUGUAAACUUUCAAAGGUAUAAACUUCUUCAGGCUGGGACACGCCGGGGACUCAGAGUCGAGAGGAAUCAUGCGACUGUAAAUUAAUAAAACGGUUUCUUCGCCGAUGUCAAAUGAU